AUGUGUGAUAUAAAAUAUCUUUCAUCAUCAAUUGCACCUAAACAUAUUAUUAAAAAUCUAACAAAUGAAAUUCGUAUUCAAAAUUUACUUUCUUCACUUAUUCCAUAUAUACAAUUACUUAUCAAAUCUCUAACAGAGAAGUUAUUAUAUGAUAAAGAAGAAAAUAUUCUUGAAAUAUUUGUUAAAUAUCGAAAUUUUGAUUUAGAUCCUAAAGAUUCAAAUAACAUUCCCUGGUAUAUGCCAUCGAAAUUAAAACAAAUCAAACAUAUUGAACCAAAUACUGAUGAACAAUGGAUAAAUGAAUAUCUUCAUGCUAAAUAUCAUGAUAAAAUUCAAUUGAAUGAUAUAGAAAUCAUAGGACUUAAUGAAAAAUUAAAACAAAGAAAACCAUAUAAUUUCAUUUUAAAAAAUCUUAAAACGAAUACAAUAACAUAUAUUGAAGUAAAAAAUACUUUAAGUAAUAAUCGUCAAUUAAUACCAAUAACAUAUAAUGAAUUACAAUAUUGUUAUUCGUUGUCAGAUAUAAACCAACAUUUUCAAAUUUAUCAUGUUUAUAAUACUGAUCAAUUUCUUCUUCUUGUUCAAUAUGAACCAAUUGAACUAUUACAUGAUAUUGAACGUGGUCUUUCAUCGAUUAUUGAACUUCGUUCUUAUGUUUAUGAUAAACAAACUAAUAUUACUCGAGAUGAAUUUAAUGAUUUAUUAAUGUAUAAUAAUAUGAUUAUUAUUCGUACACGUCAAAUAUCAUCAAAAAUUAUAACUCGACCAAAACAAUUAACAUUAAUUAUUGAAUAUGAAUAUGAAGAACAAAUAUCACAAUCGUAUCGAUUUUGUCAACAACAAUUUAUUUCUUAUCUUGCUUAUAAAACUAUGUUACCUUCAUCUAUACCUCCAGGUUAA